AUGAACAGCACCUCUAAUGUCUUCGAACGCCUUGUUGACAACCGCAACAACACCUACUUCUUCUACCAACCGACUAGCGCUGUCCCCAUCAUAAAUACUUCCAUCGUCGGCGUUGAAAAUCUUGCUUCUUUUCUGCAAGACAACAUCCUUAUCACUGAGCUAAAAUCAGGCAUCUUCACCAGAGAUGUCACCCCCCGCGACGAUGUCCUCAUCGCCUUUCUCUCCUUGUUUCUUCUUCUGGCCAUCGAAGGAAUCGUCACCACUCUGCUUUUGCGCACCUCCAAUCGAACCGUCUCCAUCUUUGGCUUCUCGGUAAAGCAUAUCGUCGAGCUUGCCCGUGAUUUCCGCUUUCGUUCAAUCUUUAACGCCCGCUUGCAUCGCGUCAACUUGAAACUACUUGUUUUCGCCUUCCUCUUUUUCGGAGCCACCUUCGCCUUGGAGGUCCUCGUCUUGUUCCUCACCACGCCUUCUUCACUACCAGUGUACAAUUCAAGAGCUUCCAUCCGACUCCUCCACCCCAUCACACCUGAAUGGCGUCAAGUUCGCUUCCACUCCCGCGUCUCCAUCAACCGCGUUUGCACUGCCUUGUUGCUGAAUAGAGUUGAGCAAGAAAGGACCUCCAUCUCUUCAUGCGUCACAUCUACUCGCGAGGGGAGCAAGAUCCCCCUCGCUUUCGAGAAGCAGGCCGCCCCACCAGUAGAUGUCACCAUCUAUUCUGAACUCCAUCGCUAUGGCGCGGAGUACGGCAUCACUUUCGGCGAAAAGACAGCCACUUAUUCAGCUCGUGCUUAUCUCGCGCUCAGCGACGGUGAGGAACGCCUGAUGAGCGAGAGUGCAGAUGCCGGCGAACGCAACGACCAAGCAAUCUUCCACGUCCACCACCUGUUCAUAUCGUAUCUCAUGUCCAGCUACAAAAAAGCCGCCGAUGACGGCACGAUCACGGCAGACCGCCUCAACCAAAUUCUGAUAGCUCAUGAAAAAGGCCCCGGUACCCCUGCCCCGCUUUUGAGACAACAAGGGCAGCCUCCCGUGAACGUGUCCACCACGCGGUACACGACAUCAUUUUCCAACGUCCCCGCCGUCGGCGACAUUGCUGCCCUGCAAUACGCACCCUCCGUGCUGAAAGCGUCGGUGGGUAUCCAGAUCACCGCUGGCGACACCACAGACCUAUUCCUCGCCGAUGGCAAGUCCCGCGAGCAGAAGGCAACGGUAUGGCAAGAGACGGCGCGAGGGCUGAAUUGGAUCUCUCUUUUAAUCACGCUUCUUUUGACAAUCUUUGUCCUCGUGGCGAUAAGGGUGUGGCUCAAGCCGGCGAGCACAGCGGAGAUUGCCGGGGUGUACGUCAAGGGGCUGGUCGGGGCCAACCCUACCCGCGCUCCCCUGCAGAUCACGGACGAGGAGGAGGAGUGGUUCUCCCUCGGGCCGGAUGACGAUGAUGAAUACCGCUUCGGCGCAGAGACCGAUUUUCGAUGGAAGGCAGACAGAGACUAUGAGGGCCAAGGGCAUGUUUAGCGUUUGUUGCCCACGGCGAACGCUUUAAGGAAAAGGCACUUUUUGUCAUCCGUUGAUGUUUCCGCCGCCGUGUUGGGCUGACAUGAGGGGACUGAAUGUACAGACUGCACGGUAUGUCUAUAGCAGUUGCGGCAGCGUGGAAUAGAGGUGGUGCGGUUGCACCUGUUUUUGUAGAAGACAUGACGAUACUAAGUGCUCGCGUGAUGGCACCGUUUUGCAGCGGAGAACCGUGGACACUCGCAGGUGUCUGUAGAGGAUUUUUUUGGAAAAGUCGGUACUGCACUAACUCCUCCGCGCUUUUCAAGACGCGUACGCGCACAAGGGAAGGCCGGAUCGCGGCUAGGGCGGAUUGGACAAUAUGAGGUACGAGGUUUUGUGGAGGGACAGAUGUAAAAUAUGGCGGAGAUGCUAGCUAACUACAGAUAAUAAUUAUACCGUACCAAUACACACACAGUUGGUCGGA